AAAAUCGUAUCAGAAAAUCACAAUGUUAUCAGAUUCUGCCCUGGCCAAAGAGAGGAAAGAGCAAGCAUCAGCCAUUAUGGAUGAAAUACACAGAAAUGCCUCACCCAGCCUGAACCUUGGGAAAAAGGUCAGCACACCCAGAGAUAUCAUGGUGGAGGAAUUGUCGACGCUCAGCAACAGAGGGGCCAGGCUCUUCAAGCGACGGCAGCGGAGAUCUGACAAGUACACAUAUGAAAAUUAUCAUUAUGUGGCAAACAAGCCAAGAAAUCGUGGAGAGCCCAUCCCCAGUGUCAGAAUGGAUGGCCUCAGUGUGGAAGGAAUCCCCCAGCAUGCCCCAAUGACACCUCCCAACACACCUGACCCCCGGAGCCCUCCUCACCCUGACAACAUCGCCCCAGGAUAUUCUGGACCACUGAAAGAAAUUCCUCCUGAAAAGUUCAACACUACUGCUGUGCCAAAGUAUUACCAGUCUCCCUGGAUAGAAGCCAUCAGGGAUGAUCCAGAACUGCUGGAAGCUUUAUAUCCCAAACUUUUUACACCUGAAGCAAAGCCAGAACUGCCUGACUACAGGAGCUUUAACAGAGUUGCCACUCCCUUUGGUGGUUUUGAGAGAGCAUCAAAGCUGGUUAAAUUCAAGGUACCAGAUUACAACAUGCUGAUGCUAAACGAUCCCAGAUUCAUGAUCCUUGCAAACCCUCUUGCUGCCAGAAGAUCCUUCAACAGGACUCCCAAAGGAUGGACAUCUGAGAAUAUCCCUGUAGUGUUCAUUCAGCCUGCAGAAUCCAACACCGUUCCAGAAACAGAGGACCUGUGAGAGAGGCUGCACUCCACAUGGUACAAAAUGCUGAAAGCUGCACAUCCCUGUAUUUUUGGUCCAAAUAUUACUAAAGGCUACUGACAACAUUUUUCCUUGGAAGCAGGAGUAUAACUAAUAAUGUGAGAUGCAGUGUCUCUUUUCUGGCACCCAGUUUCAUCUGUAAACAUGAGCUAAAUAAAGUAACUUGG